UAUCAUACGUAUUCUGUGUCUUUCUUGGCCGCCUGCAGGUUUCACUGGAAACACCAGACUCAGUGAUGCCGAUUUGAUCAGGAACGGCAGAGAAGAGCAGGAGAAGGAGGAACGCAAGGAUGAGGUUUGAGCUUUGCUUGCUUUUUCUGGGACUCCGGCUGCGAGUGGAGGGUGCUGAAGCAGAGGAAGACCCCACUACCACUGAAGGAUUCCUCGUGGAGAUUUCUGGAACCACGGUGACCAUCACAUGUCCCUUGACUGAUGGCAACAUACGCUGGGAGUCACCUACGAUAAAGCCGGCUGACAAUGAGAGGAAAUAUGUCAUAGAGGACUAUGACAGCUCUCCUGUCAACGUGAGUUGUUCAUCAGGUGCUCAGAAGCAUCGUAUGUAUCUGAAUGCCAGAGUGUGCACAAACUGUGAGGAGCUGGACACCUUAGCUGUGACGGGGAUCGUCAUUGCGGACCUUCUCAUCACCCUCGGGGUGCUGAUUCUGGUCUAUUACUUCAGCAAGGACAGGAAUGGGAAAGCAAACACCGGUGCCAGCAGCCGACCACGAGGUCAGAAGAUGCAGCGUCCUCCUCCUGUUCCUAACCCAGACUAUGAGCCCAUCCGGAAGGGCCAGCGGGAAGUGUAUGCAGGCCUGGAACCCAGGGCCUUCUGAAAUUCCCACGGAUGUCAGGCUGGAAAAGAGUGGCAGAGGGGCCGAGUGAUUCCGCCCAGGUUGAUUCUGGAUCUCUGCUGUCCUUCUGAGGCCCAGGCAUUUUGAGAUAAGCUAGAUGACUACACAGGACAGACACCCUGCUGCCAUCAGCUGUCCCACCUUGACGUGCUCCUUGUGUCUUCAGUCUGACAUUGGAGAAAAGGAACAGACAAACACAUUGGCAAGAGGUUUCCCUUUCAUUAAAGGGCUGCAGCCUUACUUGCGGUUCCUGGCCUCCUUUUCCCUCACACUUCUUUCUCUCUGCCUCAGGAUUUUCUCCUCUAUCUUGUUUCUGACGUGGGUGCCUCCACUCCUUCCUCGUGCCUCCCUGGGCAGGUGGCAGCUGCAGAGUAAUGGUUCUGGCUUCUGACCCUGUGCUGCUCUCGUAUUCAUAGCUUGUCUUGGCUCUUGCUGCCCGGGGUUGUGACGGAAGGAAUGGAGGCAGCCAGUAUGUUAAACACAAAUUAGAAAAGCCACCGCUUUGGAUGCAAAUAUUUUAGUCAGAGAAAUGAUUUUGCCUUAAAAGAAAAGAGAAACUCUUCUACCAGUAUAUGGAGCCUGGCCUCGUCAUCCCCAGCCUUGUCAGCCACCAUGACAAAGAAUGCAUCGGGGCCACACAGGUAAUGCCCGGACCUACCAGGUCCAAGAGAACAUCUCACUCUUUUGCUAGGGUAUCCUUCUCAUUCCAGAGACUUUUGGGGCAGAGACUCCAUUCUUACUGCUAUUCUGUAGCGCAGUCCAGGACAGAAACAUUUUGUGGAGUAUACGGUACCCUAGGGGCUGUACAGGAAUGUUUACUGGAGGAGUUUCAUUUUCCUGAGUAGAAAAUUUAUCUGUUUCUCCAUGUAUAGAUAUCUGGGAUCUGCCCUUUAUUGCUGCACUUUCCUGUUUCAGCUCUGACGAAAUCUCUCUGUUAGUAAGAUGCAGGCCUCAUUGCCAUUGGUAAAGACUGGUUUUAACUUUUAUCAUGUACAGUAAAAAAACUUGUGAUAGAUUAAUAAAAUGGGAGACAGCU